UUGCUUUUGUAUGUUGCAUUCAAUACCUGGUAGGCUACAUACAGCACCAAAGUAGACAGGAUUUAUAAAGAUGUCAUUAAAUAAUGCGACAAAAUAGGCUGCAGCACACAGUAAAAAAAAAAAAACCCAAAAAACUGGUCCCACUUAAUAAUUUGCCUGAAUCUUACAUGAUGUUUUUUAGUGUAAGCAAAACAAGGACUGUUAAGCAAGUGGCAAGUCAGCUGCUGCUCAGCAAAAGGGGUGCAACUCUGUAUAGCAUCCUUAAAAAAUAAGAACAAAGAAGAAGUUGUGAUCUACUGCAGAGAGCUAAGGGUGCAUGUUGGCCUUCAGAUUAAUUUAGGUAAAUUUAAUUUAUCAGUAAAUCAGCUAUGAUAAGAUGUUGGAGAGAGAUAAUCAGGUUGUAAGUGUGGGUGGGAAAAAUAUAUACACAGCAAAACAAGGUGGUUGGGUAUGUGGAGAAGCGUGUUGCUGGAAAAUCCUGUGAGAUACUUCAUACUAGCUGCAGUAACAGAUAUAAACUUGUGUCACGUGCUGUUGAUCAGGCAGAAUUCAAGUGCUGAAGGAACUGAGAUGUGGCAGAAUCUCUGUCUUUGCGUGAUUGCCAAACAACCUAGUAUGGAACACUUGGUAGCAUCUUGCCAUCUACCUUUUGCUUGUUAUGACUACAUAGUGCUGUUUCCUGACAAUUUUGAGGUUAUUUGAAGGGCUCUGGAAAAGGGAACCUGACUGGCAUACAUAGACACAGCAACUGCUGGAAGAUGCAAGAGGAGGAUUCAUAGGGGAGGAGAAGAGCAGAGAGCAAUGGAGAGGAGCAGAAGUGAACAAGCAUGGAGUGUAAAGACAGAACAGAGGUGUACUAUUACGGUAUAGUUUAAGAUAUUACCUAGGGACAGAAGGACCUGUGGGAAGCUGAAGAGUGUGUCAGUGUUCUUUGCUUAGCAUGGCAGACCUGUUUAUUUAAUUCUUUUAUCUGUGGUAUUUCUAGAAGUAAUUUGCAAGCUGUACUGGAACGUGGAGACAAGCAAUAAAGGCAGUUCAGCUGCUGGGAUCUGUAGAUGCUGAUGCCUGAGGUCCCUCAUACUCUGGUACGAGGUCAGCAGGAGAGGACAAAACAUAGUAAAGGAGAGGAGAGCCAUAGUACACUUGAUUUACAGCUGUCACACAAUAGCAUUUCUUGUUUGGGAGUGAGUUUGGGUUAAAGCUCUUCAGAACUCGCCUAGGGCAAGGCUCCAGGCUGGAAUGCUGUCAGGAAUUUGCAGCUUAAAGCUCCUUGGCAGCAGCUGCCAUUUUUUGGCUUUUGUGGCAGUGGAGCAGGUUCCUGGGAAUGGUAAGGGAAAUCUCAGAAGGUAUUUGUGAGACACCUGGGAGAUCCAUGUAGGGAUAGGGAGGGAGUCUGGGAGAAGUCAGCAGGGAUGGAUCUGUUGGCAGACCUGGCAAGGAGGGGGGGCUGUACUCAGUUUCUUUCCCUCCUCUCCACCUGUUCCCAUCUUUUCCUCCCCAGGGGUGGAUCCUCAUGUUCUUGGAAGUUUGCAACUUUUGUCCAAAGUCUCCACGACUGCCUCCUUCCCACCUUAGAGAUGUCUUCCUCUAUCAAGUCUAUUCUACCUAGAAAAAACCCUCCUUGUGGCUUUGCUGUAGCCUCUAAUUAUUCUCUGCUGAAAAGAAGACAAUGCUGGGGUGUCUUCUGUUACAGAACAAAGAGGGGGCAGAAGCGUAGCUGAAAUAUGAAAUUGCUGCAUUGCUUUUUGUGGUGUGCCGCUUGAAUUGGCUUGGGUAACAGAAGAAUUGAGCAUGGAGACUUUGGGAUAUUUUUGAUUUCUCACUGCCAGAAAUCCAGACUGUAUCAAACAGCAGAGCUCUCUUGUUCAUUUAGGGCAGAUGAAAGGAUUCUUUCAUAUCCAAAGAGGAACCUAAAAUAUUGGGCACUGCGGUGAUUUCUCUGCAUCAGAAUUUCACCAAGCUGAAAGUGUAUCAGUUGUGAUUGAGGAAUGCAAGCUUCAAAGACUGAAAAUACAAAAAAGGCAGAACCAUUCUACUGGCUUUCAGUGGCAAAGCAGAAGACCAGUUCUGAGAUUAUAAAUGAAGCCAGAAAUGUUCUGCGAGCCGUAGGAACUCGAAGACCAUUUACACCUACGGAUGAUCAAAGGAAACUUUUUGGAUUUGGAUCCUCGCGAGGUCCUCAAAGUAGACCUCCUUCAGUUUUUAGUCUUCAUGCAUCCAGUUUUGAUUUGGCUGAAUCAAGACCAGUGUCUGGUGUUCGUCUUAGUCCACUGGAUCAUAAACCAAUACUAAUCACUUCUGCAAAAGAUGAAGAUUCUUCUUUUCUCCUUCCAAAACCUCCUGCUGGGGCUGCAGAGGUUAGAAGAGUCAGCAGCGCUCGGGCAUGCUUAUGUAGAACAACUUCUCUGGGAAACUUAUUUUCUGCUAAAGUGGUUCUUCCGGAUCAGAACAAAGAGAAGCUAGAUUCUGAGGAACCAGCUAUGAUGAUGAAUAAUCUUGCCAGAAGUAAGAAUAACUACUUAGCAGAGCAAAGGUCGUACACACCAGUUAAUGAUGAAAGUAGGCAAUUAAUUUGUAAUGAGCGUAUCAGCAGAUCGGAGAGCGAAGACUUCAUGGAAGGGACAUCAGGAAAAUUUUCACUUCAGCUGAGGGGAGAAAGAGGUGUCAACAGCGAUGGCAGAUUUGCUGAUGAAGAGCAACAGUUUCCCUGUAACCAGAUGAGAGAGCCUGGCAUAAAUUCAUCAUGGCCAAAGAGUUCAGGCUGGAAGAGAAGAGUAGCAGGCUUAGAGGAUGAAACAAGAAUAAAUGAGUGCGAAGAGGAAGAAGUCUUUUGGCGUAUAAAGAUUCUACCAAUUCUGCAUGAACUGAAAAAAAAAGACAAUAUAGAAAAUCUUUGUCUGGCUUGUACUAAGCUCUAUCAAGCACUGACUGAAGGAAAUAUGCUUGGAAAACAAUUUAAAAGAAGAAGUGAGCUUCUGAAGACAUUAUAUAAACUUGUAGACAUUGAUUCAGAUCCACUUUGCCUGAAGCUGGCAAAGAUUAUUCUGGCUAUGAAAGUGGAUGGAAAAAAUCUUCUUAGUGUUUGCAAGCUGGCAUUUAAAAUCUGCAGGAAUGAAAAAAAUGAUUACAUCGUUCAAAAUGAUAGAUUAUUGGAUUGUUUGUUGGAGGUUCUGAGAAAUGAAGAUCUACAAAAAAACAACGAAGCUUUCCUCUAUUGCAUGGGAGCUAUAAAAUUCAUGUCUGGAAAUGCAGUACUCCUUAAUGAAAUGGUCAACAAAGGAGCUGUUGAAAUGUUGCUGCAAUUAAUGAAGCAGAUUAAUAACAUAAAAGAAAAUGACACAUAUUUCUCCGAGUUGGGCCACGUGUUAGUCCAGCUGACAGCUACUCUGCGAAACCUGGCUGACUUGCCUCCGGCAAGGUGCCAGCUUAUUUGCGGUGGUGCCGCCUCUGAGCUCUGCGUGGCGCUGGAGCAGCGUGUGAAGGAUCAGGACGUGUGCACCUACAUCGUCAGGAUACUCAGCAAACUUUCUUCCUACAAUGACUUCUGUGCAGCUUUAGCAGACUGCUCCAGAUGUUACAUCUUAUUUUUAGCCCUACUAAACAAACACCAGAAGCAGCAGGAUUUAGUUAUCCGUAUCGUCUUCAUUCUUGGUAAUUUAACAGCAAAGAAUAACCAGGCCCGUGAGCAAUUUUUUAAAGAAAAAGAAAGUGUUAACACCUUGACAUCAUUAUUCCAAACCUACUACGAACUUGAUUUGAAUGCACAGAUGUGGUACCAUGAUAGACAAGGAAAAGGAAAAAAACACCUAAAGCAUCCUUCAGAAGCAGAAGAUGUUAUGAUAAAACUGAUAAGAGUGCUGGCCAAUCUCUCGAUUCAUCCCAUCAUAGGAGCCACCCUGGCAGCUGCUCAUCGUGUUGUUGAAUUACUUGUUGCAGUACUAGAAUACAAGUCCAUCGAUGACUGUGAAGAGCUGGUCAUCAAUGCUGCCACAACAAUCAGCAAUUUGUCCUACUACCGAGUGGAGAGUUCUGUGGUUCAAGACAAGAAGCUGCACAUUGCUGAAAUGCUUUUGAAGCUGUUAAUGAGCGACAAUAUGGAUGGAGUUGUGGAGGCUGUCAGAGUCUUUGGCAAUCUUACCCAGUAUCAUGAGGUCUGUGACUUCAUCAUGCAGAAAAAGAUAUACAAGUUCAUGAUUGCUUUGCUUGAUUCCAAGAACCGUGAUGUCUGUUUUUCUGCCUGUGGAGUUCUGCUCAAUCUCACAGUAGAUAAGAACAAACGAGCUUUUCUGAUGGAAGAAGGAGGAAUUGGAAAGUUAGUUGACUGUUUGCAAGACUUCGGGCCGGCAGACUGGCAGCUAUCUUGUUUGAUAUGCAAGACCCUGUGGAACUACAGUGAAAACUUCACAAGUGCAGCCUCAUGCUUUGGAGAAGAUACCGACACGUUGCUGGUGCUGCUCACGUCACUUUUAGAUGAAAACCUAGCGUUGGACUGCAGCCUCGACAGAGAGGGAAGGGACUCCCACAAACUACACUGGGAAAGAGAGUUCAAACCUGUGGCAGAAAAACUUCUCGACAGAAUUCAAAGCCAUCACUCCUUUCUUCCAGCUGUGCCUAUUACUCCAUUUUAGUCAGUCUUUUCUCUUUAUUUAUUUUUUUUUUCCUUUGGUGGUGUAAAUUGUAUAGCUUUAUAUUUCUAAUAUACCUGUAUAUUGUCAUGGGGAAGAAUGUUAAAGAGCGUGGCUAUCUUUCUAAGAGCUUGUAUGAAAUUUUUGCAUGUGUAAUUAUUUUUACAAUAGACUUGAGCCAAUCAAGCAGC